GGAACAAACACGCCAGAGAGCAAUUAGAUAAGGAAAAAGGCUACCGAAGUGGUUGCUAUGCAUACGGGGUAUAGCCGCGAUUGGCUCAAAAUUGGCUUACUAGAUCCACCUUCCUCGCCAUUGGGACACAAACAAUCCUCAUCUCAAGAUCCCAUAACGCCAUCAUUGAGGAGAUGGAAUGGAGGUACAGUAAGGAUUAAGUAAGAUACAUAGCAUAAAGGAUGGCAAUUCACUUUCUCCGUACGGUGGGCCCGGGAUGACUUCAUUAGGCAAGUGAAAAAGAUUCGUCGGAUCAAUACGUACCUUGGUAACCAUGAGUAAAGGGUAGUGGGGCAUUUCAGUCUCGGGCGGUCUUCUUGAUAAUACAGCACACCUAAGCCCUCCAAUCGAAAAGAUUCGGUAUCCUUCUGGUUUGGAUCACCUUAGGUGUGCCUCGUACGGCCCGUGGGACGCGAUCUCCGAAAGGGAAUCAACCAUAUAUUAACCGCCACAUGCUCCUGCCCCUCGCUCCUCUCUUCUGACUUUCCGCAUCACCCACAUCACAUAAAUAAACACCCUUUCCCAUCCACAACCACUUAUCUUUUUUUAAGUUUCAACUCAAUCUCACAUACCAAUUCAAUCAAAAUGUCUGGAAUCAAGGCCGGUGACAGCUUCCCCUCCGACGUUGUCUUCUCCUACAUCCCCUACACCCCCGAGGCUCAGGAGUUCAACGCUUGCGGUAUCCCCAUCAACUACAACGCCUCCAAGGAGUGGGCCGACAAGAAGGUCAUCCUCUUCGCUCUUCCCGGUGCCUUCACCCCCGUCUGCUCUGCUCGCCACGUCCCCGAGUACCAGGAGAGACUCCCUGAGAUCCGUGAGAAGGGUGUCGACGUUGUUGCUGUCCUUGCUUACAACGAUGCCUACGUCAUGAGCGCCUGGGCCAAGGCCAACAAUGUCAAGAACGACGACAUCCUCUUCCUUUCCGACCCCGAGGCCAAGUUCUCCAAGAGCCUCGGCUGGGCUGACGAGGAGGGCCGAACCAAGCGCUACGCCAUCGUCAUUGACCACGGCAAGGUCACCUACGCUGCUCUCGAGCCCGCCAAGAACCACCUCGAGUUCUCGCGCGCUGAGACCGUCAUCAAGAACCUCUAAAUACAUCAACAGGAACAAGGAAUAUGACGUAGGACUACUAGAGGAUGCUGGCGUUUCAGCAGUGGGGUUAAUAUUUUAGAAAUAGACAGCCCACUUUUAGAGAUACAAUAAAUAACGAAGCUAUGAAAUCGUGAA